AUGUCGAGCAUUUACAAUACCGAGCCGCAGCCAACGGCUUCGGUCAUCCUUCAUACGAACCAUGGCGAUCUAUCGGUCGAGCUGUUCGCGAAGCAGACUCCCCUAACCUGCCGCAACUUUAUACAACACUGCUUGGAUGGCUACUACGACAAUACGAUAUUCCACCGCCUGGUACCCGGCUUCAUUCUGCAGGGAGGCGAUCCGACGGGCACUGGCAAUGGAGGCGAGUCGAUCUACGAUGGUGGAGCUUUCAGUGGUGAUCUGGACCCAUGGCCGAUGGACCAGCGGAGGGGAAAGAACGCCGGUCCUCAAGGCGUGAACUUCAAGGAUGAGUUCCACACGCGCUUGAAGUUCAAUCGGCGUGGGCUGCUGGGCAUGGCAAACGAGAGUCGAACCGACACGAACGGCAGCCAAUUCUUCUUCACGCUAGAUAAGACCGACGAGCUCAAUGGCAAGAAUACCAUGUUCGGACGAGUGGCCGGCGACACCAUCUACAAUCUGGCAAAAAUGGGCGAGGCUGAAAUGGAAGAAGGAAGCGAGCAUCCCCUUUACCCAACAAAGAUCACCAGCGUGGAGAUCCUUGUUAAUCCUUUCGAUGACAUGAAGAAGAGGGAACGUAUUGCCCAGCGCACCACACGGCCGGUCGCCACGGAGAAGAAGAAAGACAAGAAAAGGAAAGGCGGAAAGCAGCUACUAAGCUUUGGCGACGAAGAGGGCGAGGGCGACAUACAGCCUCUUCCAAAGAAGCCCAAGUUCGAUACGAGGAUUGUGAUGGAUGUCGAAGAGCCAGAACCUCAAGUCAAGCCGCCAAAGGCUGCUAAGAGAGAGCGAGAGGCGAAAGCUCCCAAGGCCGUUGUACCAAUAAGGGAGGCACCUGCAAGAGAAGCAACUCCUGAGCCUCAGCCUUCACCCCCUCCACAAGUCACCCGGAAGUCAUCCAACAAGGCAGCACAAAAGAUUGGGGACGACUCUUCACCAGAGCCAGAAGAUCACAAAGGAAAGUCUGAGCUUGAUCGGAUGAAUGAGGAAAUAGCUGCUCUGAAAGCGUCGAUGAAGAGGACAGUCCAUUCGGAGCCCGCCAGUGAAGGCAAGAAGAACUCUGCCCUGCAGCAGAUGAUACCGGAGACAGCCACUCGAGGGCGCAAGAGGAGACCUGGCGCAAACAACCCUACGGCGGCUGAGGAACAGAAAGCACUAAGCUUCCUCAAAGCGUUCCAGGAAAAGUUGGACCAGGCUCCGCCAGAGAAGGCAGCAGCAACGGAAGUGCCAGCCUCAGGGGACGGCGAAGCCAAGGCUGGGGAUAAUGCCGAGGAAGACGAGGUCUGCGAUCUCCACUUCAUCGCCAACUGUCAGUCCUGCAAGGCGUGGGACAAGGCUGAAGGCGAGGACGACAGCGACGACGAGGGCUGGAUGUCGCAUUCCCUCAGCUUUGCUGCAGACAAGCUUGGCAAGGAUCUGAGCUAUCGCAAAAAGGCGGAGGAUGAGUUGAUCGUGAUCGAUCCACUGGCGAAGGCCCGCAGCAUCCAGGCGGAGAGGAAGGCGGAGAAGGAGAGCGAGGGCCGGAGCGGAAAGUCCGGACGUGCAUGGGGCGACCUAGCACGCAACGCGCAAAUGUCACGGACGUCCUCCCUGGCUGGGAGAGGAGCAAAGUGA